AUGCCUAGUAGCAGCAAUGUCGGCCACCCAGAGGACGAAGUGAAGAUUGAACGCGAAUCCUGCGCGGUCGCUGUCGAAAUGUGUGCAGAUGAAAGAGAGGAAAUGGAAAGUGAACACUCUCAAGACGAAGGUUAUGAAUAUGUCGAAGAGAAGCCUCCAGAGUAUGUCGCCCCUGCCGUUGAGGAAAGCACCGAAACCAUCAAAAAAGAAGAAACUAACGAUGAGGAGCAAAUCGAGCAGUUGGAGGCGAAGAUGCAAGACCUCAAGGCUACUGAAGAUCUCGACGCCACGGCACAAGAAGUUGAAGCUAUCCACCUAUUCUAUAUUUUCAAAGUUGCCAUGUACGUUAUUGCCCUUGUGAAAGUUUGUAAACAGCAUUGGCUGCCGCUUGCUUCUUCGUGUAAUGCCUUUGUGUUUGUAGAGGCACCGGAGGUCGAAUGUGGCCAACAUGAAAGCCCUCCUCCUUCUUCUGACGCAGAGACUGUGGAGGAAGCGAUCGAUGAUGAACUUGGACUAAAGAGGUGA